AUGAUUUACAUGGCAACAGAAAUGGUCGCCAUAGUAGAUGUUGUGGAUACCAUACAAAAUACCCGUUGCUGGGCAACGCCUUCACCCGAUCCUUUGGACGCUAUCAACCGUGAUAUCAUAAGCGACGGCUGUCCCAUUGGAGAUGACAUCGAAGUCUACUCUCUUUUAAGACACGGUCUUCAGGCUUUCUCAUUCAAAGCGUUUGCCUUUUCUUCGGACAAAAAUCUGAUCUAUGUUCAUUGUGACAUCAUCAUCUGUCACGAUUCCAACCAAUUGGCGUGCAGCUCAAAUUGUAGCCAUUCUCGCCCAGGACGAGAAACUCGCGAUACGCGAAAUUCUGGGUUUGGCCCAUACACAGUUUCUCGGGGACCUUUCAUUUUUAAGACGGCUCGGACUCAUCAGAAUUAUGGCGCCCCCGUGAACAUCUUUCUACUUUCAGCACUCGUCUGCAUCACCGCUCUCUUCCUGGCAACUGUUUUCAUGGUGGCCUUCAUCUACGCGCGAAUGAAAAGGGGGACGGCAUAAUUAAUUGAUCACAUGAUAAUAUCAUGUCACGUGAAUGUGUUUCUGCUACCAAAUCACGUGACACGGAUCGAUAUUAAUAUUAGAUUCAGACGGGUUCUAAAUCAGUAUUUACAAUGUAUCACAGCUUGAGGAGAACACCUGCGUACGCACGUCUUCAUGUCAAUGAACGCUGUCUCGGGCGACCUUCCUGAAAUUUAUAUUUUUUGUGAUCUUGGCUUUCAGUCAGCACCGGGGUCAGCACCACCUGUACUCUGGAAUAAACUGCGUAAUAAUCUGAGGGCCAAUGUACUUCCACCUUUGUCAAAUCUUUAAAAAACAUACUUGUUCUCAUGUUAGAUUUUUUUUGUUUAGGAAAGGUAUAUUACAAUGUUACUUUUUCAUUUAGUAUUUAUGUAUGUUAUUCCAGGUAUACCUGUAUUAGACUUAAUUACCUCUUUUGUAAAGCGCAUAGAGAUUCUGUAGAAUAUUAUGCGCUUUAUAACCAUCUAUUAUUAUUAUUAUUAUUAUUAAUCAUAUCGACAAUAUACCAUACUUUGUUGCAGUGCAUAUUAAAGCACAAGAAUAAAAUGUAAGUCUAGAUCAUCGUUGUGAUCUCAUAAAAGGAAAAGGGAAACACAUGAGUAAAGAGAAGGAACAUAGGCACUAUUAAUUUUUUACAUGAUGGAUGAAUUGGUAUAUCUUUUUUUAAAAGGCUCUUAAAGUACUAAUGUUUGACGAGGUAAUAACUCUGCUGCGAUCGCGUGCAUGGCCCGUAUUCUGAACUCGGGUUUAAGGACGUUCCACAGUUAAAAUGAAAUCCAUGUCAUUUUCACCAAACUUCGCACAUAGAUAAUUUAGAACUUGAAUAUUCGAAAUAUGCAAAAAUUAACAUAGGUCCAUGUGCUUGAUUUUUUGCUAUAGAACUUCAAAGUUCACCCAACUGGAUGUUCUUACGAAUUGCGCAUUCAAAAGAAUUUGGCAUUUUUAAACUUCGCAAGAUCACUACAAUGAGUUUAAACCUCUAUUACUCAGUCAAAAUACAUGAAAAAGUCAUCAAAUUUCGCACGUGAGUUAAUAAUGGUAUCGUUAGAAUGGAGAAUCUAUUUAUAGUGCUAUUUGUUUGCAAUUUUAAGUCUAACAGCACUGUCGGUUCCUAAAAAUGGCGUUAAACAUAACAAAAACCCAAUCUCAAAAAUGUGAAAUUUUAAUAACAAACUACAAAAGUACAAUAAAUGCUGCACUUUAUUCAAAAUCCAUGUCAUUUUCACCAAAAUUUUCAAAGUUGUAGAGAAAGGUAUACCGAAGAGGUGCAAACAUUGAAAAAUAGGGGUUAAUGUGCUUGUUUUCAAACUAUCAGCAUUUUAAUUAGAGCAAAUGUGCUUUUUAAAACACCAAAAAUGUGCCAAAUGCUUUGUAUCUAUGUGAAGAAAAAAUCAAACCACUCUACCAUUUAUUCCAACUCGGGGUCAUAUUCGUGAUUUUUGGCAGCACUGAAGAGUAAAGUAUUUUGAAAUUGCAGAGAUAUUUUUUUUAAUGGUCCAUGGAAUAAUAAAAGUUUUUUAGCUUCAUAAAAUAACGCAUCGGAUCUGUAGUUAGAGUGCAGAUGAUGAGAAAAAUCAGUUCAUAUCCACAUCUAAUUAAUCACCUGUUCAUCCAUUGUGACGUCAGCGCGCAGAGUGUAAAAUAUGCGCAGAUCAUAAUGCGCACUAACAUAACUGUGGAACGUCCUUAAAUUAAACCGUGGUUUAACGUUGUGGUUUAACUAUGGAGAGCCAAUUGGGGCACAAAAUCCCUAACGGUACCCAUCAAAUUUGUUAACUCACAUGACACCCAAAUUGUUCGUAAUUGUUUGUGAAUGAUAAAUUAAGCAUUGUGAAGUAUUUUUCUUCAUUAUGACAGCAAAGUAAUGAACAUGGGAAAUAUAUAAUAAAAACAUAAUUUGGAAUAUUUGGCUCCCAUAAUUUUAGCACAGAGUUAGACCAUGGUCUAUUUAUUGAACCUGACAUCAGAAUACCGUCCCAUGUGUUUGAAUUUUUAAUAAUAAUAAUAUAGGAUAUUUAUAUUGCGCACAUAUCCACCAUGUCCACCUUGUUAGGUGCUCAAGGCGCUCCUAUAUUACCCGGCUAAGCUAGGCGUUCAUAGCGCACACAGCUUUCUAAGGAAUUACUUCCUACCGGUACCCAUUUACCUCACCUGGGUUGAGUGCAGCACACUGUGGAUCAGUUUCUUGCUGAAGGAAAUUACGCCAUGGCUGGGAUUCGAACCCACGACCCUCUGUUUCAAAGUCCGAAGACUAAUCCACUGGGCCACAACGCUCCACGUUUAUAGACGUGUAUCAAUCAGAUAUGAGUAUUUACAUGUGGGACCGAUCCCUAUCGUCACCAUUUGAAAGACUAAACCCAGGGUUCGAACCUCGAACCUUUGCAUCAAUUUGUAACAGGCCGGGUAACAGGUAGCUUGGAUGACAGGCACACGCCACAACGCCCAGUUAAAUCGAUCUAUUAGCUUACAAGUCAUGUGGAAUCAUAAUUAUGUUGAUAUGGCUAAAUGUAUAGUGGCUGCUUCUCCAGCAAGCAGAAUUUCGAAUUCAUCUUGUACCAACAAUUAUUUUUCAUAUUGCAUCUUUCUUUUAGCAUGAUAAUGUGUUUUCUCUUUGGACCUUGAGUCACUUAAUUAAGUUUACACCAAACUGUAGAGUAUAAUUAUACACUAUUUUAUACAGUAGGUACUUGCUUGUUUUUGUGUUCGUAGUUUUGAACUAAAAUACUGGUUUCCCCAAAUGAAUACAUCAAUUUUUUUUAUAAAAAGAAUGAUAGAAAUUCAAAUGUCCCAGGUCUGCAUAAAUAGGUUCUAUUUAGCUACUUGUACACGUUCAAUUCAAUAUUGUAAAAAGUAUUCCCCAUCUCGAUUAUCAAUAUCAAUCGUUAUGCUUAGCUUUAUACGACAUGCGUUGACUUGUAUAAUUCAAAUUUUCAUACCGUACCUAUGAUUAUCUUCAUUAAAGAAAUCAAUGAUU